AUGCUAAAAUAUUCCUUAUAUGAGCCAGAUAAACCAGGUAUUGUUGUUAAAUACCCUCUAAAUGUUUCAAAAAGAGGUCCGGCGUAUACAUUUGAUUAUCCAUGUGCUAAUUCCUUAAAAUGCACUGAUUAUGUCAUUGAUCUUCCUAAAGGAUUAUAUAAAUUUGAAUUAUAUGGAGCCUCAGGAGGGACUGGAACAGGCAAAGUCUCUACCAUUCAUUAUGAGAAUGGUGUCUGUCUUCCCCAAGAGCUUGUUGACCAGUUCAAUGGAAAUACAAAAUGCCUUGAUUCAUUCGAUGCCGGCGGUGCCGGUGGCUACGUCAGUGGGAUAAUUAGUAUCCGAAAGGCUAUCCAAAUCUAUGCCACGAUCGGUGGCAAGGGAGAUUAUUUCACAUUUCCCUGUGAAGCCAAAAUUGAGUGUUAUGACCCAGGAAUAAUGGUUCCUGGUGGAUAUGGCGGAGGCGGAAGCUCUUCUGCUUAUCUGUAUGGUACUGCUAGUGGUGGCGGAGCUACAUCUGUGAAGUUUUUGAAAAAUACAUUAUAUCAUCGAGUUAUAGUCAGCGGCGCUGGUGGUGGAGCUGAUGAUAUAGCUAGUAAUGAUGGUAGAGGUGGCUCAGGCGGCGGUCUUGUUGCCCAAGGAUGGUGGGAUACUCGUUACUACGUUAAUAAUUUAGUUGCAAAUUCGAGUUUUGGAUUUACUUUUGGAAGUGGAGAAGCAGCACAAGCACAGAUAUCUAAGCAUCCUAAUGGCAUAAAAGAGUCCACAUUAAUGGUUGAUAAAUGCGGAGCUGGAGCUGGCUGGUUCGGCGGUUUUGCAAGUAAUCAUUUUAACUCUGGCUGUGGAGGUGGUAGCUCUUGGGUAUUAACUAAAGAUGCUUUUAUUCCUAAUGGUCCUAUCCCAUACCAUGAUGAGUUUUAUAAUGAGCUCGGUUCUGAUGUAUAUAAAUUUAAUUUAAAUUCGGAAUAUUUGUUUACUGACGUAGUUCAUGUUCCUGGAAUCUGGCAAGGAAAUGGACGAUUGAUCAUCACCACUCUUGCAUAUCCUGAUGCUGCAUCAUGUUUUGAAAGAUAUAGGAUAUCAUUUAGUAUUCUUUUUUAUUUCCUUAUUUGUGCUAUUUAA